AUGAACUCGGUACGCCCGGCGCGGAGCGUCUUGUCGAGAUGCGUCUCCUCCGCCUCGAGCGCACCGGCCGCCCUUCCCUAUCGACUAUUCCACAGCUCCGUUAGCCGGUCAGGUCGGAGGCGAUCACGAUUCAACAAUGUCACCGCCGAGAAGAUGGGCCUGACGAACCCGGAUGCGAUCGAGUCGUAUGCGAGACAACACUUCCCCGAGUACACGGAACAGCAAAAGGAGUUUCUGAAGGAGAAGUACACUCCCGAGCAAUGGGAGGCUCUUCAGGCCGCCGAGGAGGCCAUUGACCCGAAAGAUUUGGUGAUUCAAGGUCGGUUACGGACGGAUCCCUAUACGCAGCCCUACAUCGAGGACUUUUCGACGAUCCAACCCAUCAUCGAUGCGAAACCCCAAAAGACCUUAAAGCCCCAGGAGGUGAAGUGGCUCCCGAGGAGAGAGUGGGUCGACGACUACAUUGAGAAGAUGGCCGACAGGGUCGACGGCCAGCUGAAGGACACCAUGGGCAAGGCUUUUGCCAGGGCGCUACGCAAGGUCAAGCAGACGAACCCCGAGAAGCUCGACUUCACCGAGGAGGAGCUGCAUGAGCUUGAGAACAACCCCGAAUUGCGCCGCAAGUUCUUGAUCGAGCAGGACGCUGAUGUGCUUGGAACCAAGAAAGUCAAGAAGCCCGAGGUUGAGUCUAUCGCAGGCGACGACUGGGUGAAGCAGAUUGAUCAGCACUUCUUCGAUGAGUUGGAAGAAUCCCUCAACACCACAGAGAACCCCCUUCGCCCACCCCGCGUGGAGUCGUGGAAGGCCAUCGAGGGCGAGCACGGCAACUCAGCGAUAGCCCCUGAGCUCGGCAAGGUCGAGGGUGUCAAGGGACUCUACAAACCCCCGGAAGACGCCGAGGACGACGGUCUCGACCCCACAGGUCGCUAUAUCAAGCUCAAGCAAGCCACCGGCAUGAAGAUCAGCGAGAUUCUCUCCAUUCUCACCAAGAGAGUCGUGAUUCGUUCCGUUUCUAACCAGACUCGUCUGGGUAAGAUCCGCAGUGCUUCCGUCAUCGUCGUAGCCGGCAACGGAGACGGCAGAUUGGGAUUGGGAGAGGCCAAGUCGACGGAUGCUCAGAUCGCGACCGCGACGGCCACGCUCCUGGCCAUCCGCAACAUGAAGCCCAUCCGCAGAUAUGAGAACCGCACUAUUUACGGCAACGUCGAGACCAAGAUCUCGGGAACUGUUGUGCAGCUCUUCUCCCGUCCGCCAGGCUUCGGUCUCCGCGUCUCUCACAGGAUAUUCGAAAUGGCCCGCCUCGCUGGUAUCCACGAUUUGGCCGCCAAGAUUCCCCGCUCCAAGAACCCCUACAACACGGUUAACGCCGUCUACAAGGCCCUCCUGAACCAACCCGACCCGGAGGAGAUUGCCAUCGGUCGCGGAAAGAAGAUGGUCGAUGUGAGGAAGGUCUACUACGGCGGAUCUGUAUAUUAA